AUGCUUCAAGAAUCUAAAAUAAUUAAUUCCAAUGCACUUUUCCUUUUAGGCUCCGAUGGGAAUGCUGAGCAUUUUUUGACACGUACAGAACGCAGUUUUGGAGGAUCUAAAGUGGAGCCGCCUUCUCGACCUAAUAUAUUUUGGGACGAUCCGCAAUAUAAACCUUAUUUUGACAACAGCACUGAAAGAAAUGUUACAGCGCAACUCGGAAAGACUGCUUACCUCCAUUGCAGGAUCCGCCAGCUGGGCGACAGAACAGUUGGAGCAGAUCCUUUUUCUCUCGAGGGGGUUUCUUGGGUUCGUCAACGGGAUCUUCAUAUUCUCACAGUGGGAAAAUAUACUUACACGAGCGACCAGAGAUUUACUUCGAUUCAUCUGGAAAAUUCUGAAAUUUGGACCUUAGAAAUCAAAUAUACCCAGAAAAAAGAUGCUGGAGUGUAUGAAUGCCAAGUGAGCACGGAACCGAAAAUGAGUCUCAGCAUAAGGCUCAAUGUCGUUGUGUCUCGAGCUCAUAUACCGGAAGGCCCCAAUCUCUACAUCCAGAGUGGCUCAACUAUCAAUCUCACCUGCAUCAUUACGGAAAGCACAUCUCCACCAGUAUAUGUUUUCUGGUUCCACGAUGACCGAAUGAUCAACUACGACUCUUCCAGAGGAGGUAUUCGCGUAACCACCGAGAAUGGACCGACCACACUUUCUCGGCUGAGGAUUCAGAAUGCUCGACCUACCGAUUCUGGAAACUACAGUUGCCAACCUUCAUAUGCUGAUCCUGCGAACAUAACGGUCCAUGUUUUGAACGGAGAAAAACCGGCAGCCAUGCAGCAUGGAAGGUCUACCGCUGCUACAACGAGUCCUAUUCCGAUCUUCUUCACAGGGUUGUUGAGUUUCCUCUUCCAGAUUGCGACCAUUCGAAGAUAACCCUCCUGUAGUUCCACCCGCGAGAAGAUCUCCUUGCAGCUGUCGGAUAGAGACGAUGCAAAGAAGGGACACACCAAAGUGUGUGCGUCACAAAAUAAGUCACCCAUCGUAACUGUCUUCAAGAACACUCAGUGAUGACAACAAAAUACCAGGCAUGUUGCCCAAAGAAUUCGGCAGUGGUGUAUAUUUGUGUGUUUGUAUAUUUGUGUAUUGUCAUAUCGGGCACAAAUUCUUCUGAACUAUAUGAAGUGCGAAUUUUUCACUCACGAACUGCAUUCUUCUGCGGUUCAUCAGCUCUGUCACCUUCGUGUUGUUAUCUCCGCCCGGUGAACCGUGUGUUCAUGACGGUUCAUUAUGAAGCUUAAACAUCCAUUCAAAAACCUCAAAUAUUUAAAAGAUAAUCAUGAUUUCUCCAGCUUUUACCUACAGUGACGAAGGCAAAAUGCAUAGAUUCCAUAUUUCGAUAAGUUGGACUGAAUGGAAUUUGACCUUUGCUACAUUUUAGGUUUUACCCUCUGAGAAACUUUCAGUGAGACAAUUGUUCCAAAGUCUACAGUGAUUUACAUAUAAUUUUGUUGUAAAUUUGUUUGUAAAUAAUCUGUAAUGGAAGAAGGAAGUUUGGCUUGAUUUACAUUUCCACUUCUUAUUCAUAUUUAUAAAAUUCUAUUCCCAAAACAGAUUUUCAAAAUAUUUACAUGUGUUAAAUAGCACAUAUAUAGUCAUGUACAUUAAGUUACUAAAUUAAAACAUAAAACUAGGGCUGCAAAACUUGGAUGUCUUUGUGGACCAAAACUUACAACCAAUGUGAGCUGUUUUCAACUUCGAGAAUGUACAGAUUAUUAAGAACCUGAUGAUAUAUUUUCAUUUGCCUGUGAAAAUAUAAACAGCAUGUAUUAUAGGGUAUAGAUUCUAAAUGUAAAAAAAUGCACUGUGUAAAAAUAAAUUAUAUAUAAAGCAAGAAAAUAAAAUUAAUAGAAAUAUUUUGUAUUUAACACUUAAAGAUAUUUAUUUAUAUUUAUUUAAAUAACAAUUUGAACGAAGUAAUUAAUUCAAAUACAAUAAUUAAUUUCCUUUAAUUUUAAUAUUUUCCUAAUAAGCAUUAUAGCGAGUAGAUUUUUUUUGUAAUUAAAGGGGUUUGUUUACAAUAAUAUUCUUGUAUCAAAGUCUUUUAAAUUUUUAGUAAUUUUUUAACCUAAGAUACAAAUAAUCAAAAUGAUUUUAAAAUUUGAGUUUAGAUAAUUGAAUUAUUUCAAAGGUAUGUUUAUUGUUUAAUUCGAAAUUAUUAAUUAAGUACGUACUUGUGAACUGUUUAUAAUUAAGAAAUCUAUCUGUUUCCUAUGAUAUUUACUUGCAAUCUUUUUCUCUUGUUGUAUUCUAAAUAAAUAUGUAAAAAUAUGGAAUGUGAGCAACAUAUAAGCAUUAUAAGUGGAAAAUUAAAAAAUUAAUUUCUAUUUAAAAAACAUAAUGUUUUUGUUUCAUUUGUCAAAAUUAGAAAAAUUUGAAAACUUUAUAUUUUUCAGAAGAUUUAUUAUAAUUUGCAAUGGAAAUGUGUUCGGAAGUUUUUUACGCAAGCACGCGAGUUGGAAAUAGUCUUUACCUUUUGUGCAGUAAAAAAGACUUUAGUAAAGUGUUCAGUAUAAAAUACUUUGUGGUGUAGAAUUCUAUAUAUAAAAAGGAAAACAUGUUUUUCUUAUAUUGUGAACUGCUAUGACAAGUCAUAGAAUAUAGACACUUCACACUAAUAUUUUCACACUAAUGGAAGUCCAAAAGAAUAUAGUUAAGAACAAAAAAGAAGACUGUCAAGCAUUGAGGGAAACAAGUGUGAAAGAUAUUGUUAUUUUUGGUAGAGAAAAAGGAAAAUGAUGAUAAGAAAACGCAUCUGUGUUAUUGGUGGCGGUUUGUGAUAUCGGUGUUUUAGUACUUUAUCUGCUCGAAUUAAUCGUGCAGAGUUGGAUGGAAACACAUGUCAUUGAUAUACAAAUAUACAUAUUCAUAUUACGUUAUUUUGUAAUUACGUUUCGUGAUGAAGCAUUGUUUUCUGUGAAAUGCGUGUCAUAAACUUUGAUCUUGAAAUAUCAAGAACCCUAAUAUUGUGCAAAAAUUGUGUUUCUUUGAGGAUGUUUUUGAAAACAAUGCAUUGAUCUUAGAUGUAUGCUUAAAUGUAUAACUUCAUUAUACUAUUUUAAGUAUGUAUAUAUAAUUGCUAAUUUCAUUGAUUUAUGAAUAUUUUAACUGCUUUGAAUUUUAUUUAAAUUUUCUGUGCUUUUGAUUCAGAAGUUAGAUUUUAAAUGCUCAUUUGGUUAAUAAUUGUUUAUUUUCAAUUGUUUAUGUAAAAAA